AAGUCGGCCAUUGCUAAAAUAAUUCAUUUUGUUUUGAUAUAAAAUGGGAAAAUGAGACAUAUGAAGGGUUUUGAAUAUAUUAAUUUAUAUUUCGAAAUGUGUAAAUAAUGAAUUGUAUUAAGAGUAAUGUGUUAAGAACAUUCUUAAAGUGUAUAUAUAAAUAUUAAAGCAAGUACAUAAAUAUAUUGAAGCCAAGUCUUCAGUCAAAUAGGCAGGGUGGCAGGCAUUUACGACAGGAAAGACGCGACAAGAUUGCAAGAAAAACAACACCAGCGGUAUUAAAUAUAAUCUGCAGUAUAAAGAAGGUGGAGUUGUAGCAUCAAUUAUAUUUAAAAUAAAAUAAACAUUUCAAAUAUAAGUAUAAUUUUUAUUUUAAAAUUGGUGCUCAAAGUAAUAUCUUAUAAUAUAUAAAUAAAAUAAUAAAAUUUUGUUAAUAAAAUGUAUCCUGCACCGGUGCGUCACCCUUCGGCUGGGGGACCACCACCCCAGGGACCCUUAAAGUUCACCAUCGUCGAUACACUUGAACGCAUCAAAGAAGAGUUUAAUUUUAUACAAGCACAAUAUCAUUCAUUAAAAUUGGAGUGUGAAAAGCUUGCUAAUGAAAAAACAGAAAUGCAGCGCCAUUAUGUAAUGUAUUAUGAAAUGUCGUAUGGCCUUAAUGUUGAAAUGCACAAACAGACCGAAAUUGCAAAGCGUUUAAAUACUUUAAUAAAUCAGCUGCUACCAUUUCUACAAGCUGAUCAUCAACAACAAGUGUUGCAAGCAGUUGAACGCGCGAAGCAAGUUACAAUGCAAGAAUUAAAUCUUAUAAUUGGACAACAAAUACAUGCACAAAGUGUACCCGGGGGACCACCACAACCAAUGGGUGCUUUAGGUCCACUAGGUGGACCAUUUGGAGCUUUGGGAGCAUCAAUGGGAUUGCCACAUGGUCCACAAGGGUUACUUAAAGCACCGCCAGAACACCAUCGACCCGACAUAAAACCAACUGGCCUUGAAGGUCCAGCAAGCGCAGAAGAAAGAUUGCGUAACUCAGUAUCCCCAGCUGAUCGAGAAAAAUAUCGUACGCGUUCACCUUUGGAUAUAGAAAAUGACUCAAAGCGUCGAAAAGAAGAAAAACUACAAGUGGGUAUCUAUGUUGAGGAUGAAGGAGAGAAAAGCGAUCAAGAUUUAGUCGUAGAUGUUGCAAAUGAAAUGGAAUCACACUCACCUCGGCCUAAUGGUGAACACUUAUCAAUGGAAGCGAGAGAUAGGGAAAGUCUUAAUGGUGAACGUUUAGAUAAACCUGGCAGCAGUGGUGUGAAGCCACCAAAUGAUAGACCACCAUCACGUUCUGGUUCUAGUUCUUCUCGUUCAACUCCCAGCCUUAAAACAAAAGAUAUGGAGAAACCUGGAACUCCAGGUACGAAGGCUCGUACACCCACCCCUAAUGCUGCCGCACCAGCUCAGGGCGUAAAUCCCAAACAAAUGAUGCCACAGGGUGGCCCACCAUUAGCCGGCUACCCAGCCUCCCCUUAUCAACGCCCAGCUGAUCCUUAUCAAAGGCCACCAUCCGAUCCGGCAUAUGGCCGACCGCCACCAUUGCCGUAUGAUCCACAUGCGCAUGUACGAACAAAUGGCAUUCCACAUCCCUCAGCAUUAACCGGUGGAAAGCCCGCUUAUUCGUUCCACAUGAAUGGCGAAGGUAGUCUACAACCAGUGCCGUUCCCGCCAGAUGCACUUGUUGGUGUUGGUAUACCGCGACAUGCACGUCAAAUAAACACACUCUCACACGGUGAAGUUGUAUGCGCCGUUACCAUUUCGAAUCCAACGAAAUAUGUUUAUACUGGUGGUAAAGGUUGCGUAAAAGUCUGGGAUAUAUCUCAACCAGGAAACAAAAACCCAGUUAGCCAAUUAGAUUGUCUGCAACGCGAUAACUAUAUACGCUCAGUUAAAUUAUUGCCUGACGGUCGCACUUUAAUUGUUGGAGGUGAGGCGUCUAAUCUUUCCAUAUGGGACUUGGCCAGUCCGACACCACGUAUAAAGGCCGAAUUAACAUCAGCUGCUCCUGCCUGCUAUGCUUUAGCUAUCAGUCCUGAUUCAAAAGUAUGCUUCUCCUGUUGCAGUGAUGGCAAUAUCGCUGUAUGGGAUUUGCAUAAUGAGACUUUAGUACGACAGUUUCAAGGUCACACCGAUGGUGCAUCUUGUAUUGAUAUAAGCCCAGAUGGUUCACGCUUAUGGACUGGCGGUUUAGACAAUACAGUGCGAUCUUGGGACUUGCGAGAGGGUCGACAACUGCAACAACAUGAUUUUAGUUCUCAAAUAUUUUCUUUGGGUUAUUGUCCAACAGGAGAUUGGCUGGCAGUUGGUAUGGAAAAUUCACAUGUUGAAGUAUUGCAUGCAUCUAAACCAGACAAAUAUCAGCUUCACUUACAUGAGAGCUGCGUGCUAUCUUUACGUUUCGCCACAUGUGGCAAGUGGUUCGUGUCUACAGGCAAAGACAAUUUGCUCAACGCUUGGCGAACACCAUACGGAGCAAGCAUAUUUCAGUCAAAAGAAACAUCAUCGGUACUUAGUUGCGACAUAUCAACUGAUGACAAGUAUAUAGUGACGGGAUCAGGCGACAAAAAAGCAACGGUCUAUGAAGUAAUUUAUUAAUAUUGUAAUUAUUAAUUAAAUUAUAAAAUUACAAAUGGCAAACAAUAGUAAUAUAAACAAUUAAAACACAUUAAUUAUGAAAAUAGUUGCACUAUAUGAUGAAGAAAAUAUCAAAAUUACAACAAACAAAAAAACUUAAGAAAAAAUUCGAAGUUACAGAGCAAGAGGUAAAAAAUUGAUUAUAAAUAAAUUGUAGGUAAUAAGUAAUUUUAAGUUUAAAAAAUAAAUAAUAAUAAACAGAAACACAAAAACUCAAUCCAAUGAAUACAUGCAUAUAUAAAUAUUAACAUUAAAAACAAUACAUCAGAAAAAAACAUGUAUUCUAAAUAUAAAUAUUAAAAAAAGUAAUUUAAAACGAUAAGAUGAUGGCGAACUUAGUGGGAAAAGAAUUAUAUAUAUUUAAUAUAAAUAUAUGUAACGUAAUUUUAAAAAUAAUAUUUAAAAUCCAAAAAAAAAACUAUUGAUUUUAAAGGAUUUCUUAUGUUCAGGGAUUUUUUUAUUGCAAUCUCCUUUCUAACAAAUUACAAACUGUUAACUUUUUUCCAACAACUUUGAUGUUUUAAAUUAAUUUUAUUUGUUUCAAAUUCAAACCUGCAAAACUGUUAGCUCUCGAUAAAAUUCUGUCUAUAUAAAUAAGUAAAAUGUUUAUCAUUAUGCGGUUCAAAUUAAUACUAUUCAUAUUGUACCAUUAACAACAGAAAUAUUAAUUUUAUUUGUAAUUAAUUGCAAUUAAAAAAAAAUACUAUAAUAAUUUGAUCUUGUACAAUUUUAAUAAUUAUUUCAUACAUUUUUAUAUAUAGUAAUCGCACAACUAAUGUUAUAAUUAACAUUGGGGCCGGGUCGUUACGACAUAUGUACACUAAUUAUCUAACUAGAUAAUGCGUUUUAGUUGAUUAGUAAAAUAUAGGAUUAUCAACACAAAUUUUGUGCGGUAAAUAAAUAAUUAUAUUUUUCGGAUUUUCGUUUAAAUUUUAAUUUUGUUAUUGGUUCGAUUAUAUAUUUUAAAAUAUGAUAAUUUUCGCAUUAUAUUAAAAAAGUACAUACAAUUUACGAAAACAUUUUACAAGUAUAGAUACAGUAAGGAAAAAAAAAUGAUAUAUCAUUAAUAUCAUUAAAAUAAAUAACAAAAAGUUCGUAUAAAUUAAACAAUUUUAAGAAAUUAUUUUUGUUUUUCACUGAAUAAAACAAAAACAAAAACAAAAACAAAAACAAAAACGCAUACAAAUUAAAACAAAACAAAGUUCAGUAGCAGUAAUUAACUUUGUCAGUUGCAAAAAAAAAAAAUAAAAAAUAAAAAAAAAAUAAAUGA